UACAAAACUUCUUUCUCUCUCCACAAAACCGGGUGGGAAUCUGUUCUUUUCUCUCUUUAGUUGUAGUGUGCACCGAUGUAUGAUUUCCCUUCUCCCCACUUUCUCUCUCUAGCUGGUCCUCAGUUUCUUAUCUACUUCUCUUUAGUCUCUGGAGUGAGAAGAGAAGAACUGCAAGAUCCUUUAUCGUUUCUUUUUUCUCUGUGAUAUCUAUUUUGUGAGAAGUGAAGAAGCCCGAGAUCCAAUUCUGGGCGGAUAGAAGCUGGUCCAGAUCCAUGGGUGCUGGUUUCAGGAGCUUCUCCAUACGUGAAUAUGUAUCAAAGGUUAGAAGCGUCGAUGAAAAGAAAUGUUGGCCGUUUUCCGGCGAUCUCAAAGGUGUUCUCCCUCCAAUUGCUUGCCGGAAAUUCAAGUGGUGGUUGUCGGAUAUCCCUUUACCGGAGGAACUUUCUCCAUCUCCCCGCCCUAAAACCACCGCUCCUAAACCGCUCAACUCUUCAAAAAUCUCCUCUGAUUCUCCAAAACCAGAAACCGCUAUCAAAUCCAAUGUGGUUUCGGAAACCGGCAGCCUUGAAGCUCGAUGUACGGACCCGUCUUGGAAAGAGGGGGUUCGGCUUACGAACUUGAUGGAGGUGGAACCGGAAGCGAGGGAAGCAGAAAAAGUGGCUCUGGAGAAGACAAAAGCAGUUUUGGAUAAAGAGAACUCGUUAAAUGUUGUUUCAGAGAAUUCAACGGUCAAGAUUUGUCCAGUUUGUCGAAAUUUCAGCUCUGCAACGAUCAAUGCCGUUAAUGCUCAUAUCGAUCGAUGUUUAGCAAAGGGAGAGGGGAGUUUCGUAAAGGGGAAGCAGAAAGUUAGGGUUACAAAGAAGAGGUCGAUAAUGGAGAUUUUCGCAGAGGCUCCACAGGUUGCGACGGGUGCUAAUUCGGAAAAUAGUGAUGGUUUCGUUGGUUUCAGUAAUUCGAAGAGGGAAGAGAGGGAGAAGUGCGAGAAGAAAAAGAAGAAGAGGAAUAAGAUGAGAGAGGAGGCGAUGGAGAUGAGGAGGAAAUGGCGUGGGCUUGGAAUCUCUGCGCUUUCGGAGAAGCUCCAUGCGCUCAAAAUGCCACCUUCUAUGCACAUUCCUGGAAGCAAUCAAGAUGCUUUGUACCGAAAAAAGUCUGGAGGAGUGGCUGGCCCCAAUAUCAAAACAAGAAAGUUAUCAAAGUUAAAGAAACUAGCCAAGCAUGAUGGGUUGAAGCAUAAGAAGGAAGCUGUACCAAAGCAUCCACAGAGCAAAUCACAGGUCUAUCCUUUAAGUGGCAAUCUCAAGAAUCGGACCGUCAGCUCAUCUGUUCCAAAAUCCUCUGCAAAAAGCUGUCUAAAGCGAGGCCCUUUAAAGCAAAAGAUAUCUUGUGAUCGAAGGUCAGGCAAGCACGUCAGGUUCUUAGGCAAGGAUGACAUUCUAGGGUACAAGAAGAAACAAUGCCUUCCCAUUGAAUCAGCUCAAGAACAAAACCUUUGCAAAUUAUUUUCAGAGGUCGUGGGGGGUCCAACAUCAGGCCAACCAUCUUGUUCUGAUGCCAAAUGUCCAUCAGAAAAUGCACCUUUGCAUGAUGGGAAUAGAGAAGAAAUUGAGCAUGUUGGAGAAGUUGCAUCCAUUAAUACAGGUGAAGAUGGAGAAAAUAAUUUAAGUGACAAGAAUUGGGCACCAAAUAAUCAAUUUCCAGUGAGCACAGAUGCAGGGAAAACUGGUUCAAGUGAACCAGUUGAUCUAAACCUGGCUGUGCAGCAGCUUGAUAGCUCCCUUCUGUUCAACCCAGUUAGCUCAAACACAAUAGAUACUGAGACUGAUGCCGAGAAUCCUUCUGGUAAUUCAACCCACAUAACCAAAAAGUUUCCUGGAUCUGUUGGUAACCCAGUCGCAAGAUCUCUGCCUUUGAGUUCACAGCCAAUUCGACCAAGGAUUUCCAAUCUACUGCCAUGUACUGUUGAAACAGAUCUGAGGAAAUGUUCUGAAGUUGCUUCUUUGUAUCACCGAUCCAUAUUCCCUCUUUCUUCCAGAGAUUUAAUGGCUAACAUGGACUUGUCCCAGUUUAAAAAACAGUCAUUCUGCAAUAAUGGGAAUUGUGGGACAUCAAGAACAGGCUCAUUUUCACAUUUACCUAGCAAUUUCCCAAGGCAUUCAAGCAAUGAUCCAUGUGUUAAUGAGGGUUUCAUUGGUUUGCCUCUUAAUUCACAGGGGGAGCUCAUCAGACCAAAUGUGAAUGGCCAAAGCAGCUUUAAUCAGUUCUUUCCAGACCAAACCAUGGUCAUUGAUUAUGCCAAGGGUGUUCCAUUUUAUCGUCCCACUCCCCACGUUGAGGGCGCCAUGGACAACGCAAUCUUGAGGGAGGAAGUUCAUGAUUCGGCUUUCCUAUGGUUCGAAAAUCAUAAUUGCUUGAGGAAAGCCUCAUUUAACAGGCCAUCAAGUUUGCAUGAUAUUAGGAGGCCCGAAUCACAGUGUAUUGAUACAAUGGGCAAAAACCAGCUUUGCUGUCAUUCUGAACCGGCUCAAGCUUCUUUGAAUAUUUUCAGUCAACCUCAGAUUCAUCAAGGGCUAGAGAAUAGGGAUCAAAUAUUUGAUUACAGUCUUCAGCCCACAAAACAACCUACCAUGCGCCUAAUGGGAAAAGAUGUAGCAAUUGGAAGGAGCAAUGAAGUGGGCAUAGGGUUUGGUGACCCCAUGAUUUGGACAGACAAGUUAUUAGAACUAGACCCCAGAACUGCUGCUUCUGCGAAGGAAUGGUUAUUUCUGGAAAAUGGGAGCACUUCUGUUGAGCCUCAAAGAAAUAUCACCCCACCCACGUUUUUGCCUGUCAAACCAUUAGACCCUCAAUUUGCAUCCUCUCUUUUGGAUUGCAACAGUCAACCCGUGACACUGAACACUCGUUCCCUUAUUGAUGGAGUGAAGUCUAACUAUCUUCCCCAUUCUUUCCCUCCUGAAACAUCAGCACCCCAUAUUCUUCAAUAUCCAGACGGUCAUAUCCUAGAGAAAGAAACCAAUAAAAUGAGCCACUCAAGGCCUAGUAAACAGGCUUGUGGCCAACAAAUUGGACAUAACAAGUACCAUCCCAGUGACAUAGAUAUCUCUGGUUCACGGUUUCACUUUUUAAAUAAGGACUCCCAAAAUCGUACACAACCCACUUGGACACCAUCUCACCCAGCCCCAACCAUGCCUGAAUGGCUCAUGAAAGCCACAAAACAGAACCCAGCGUUCAUUUCUUCCACUUCUCAACCCUGUUCUAUUCCAAUAUUUGGAUACCGCACCUUCCCUGCUCCUUACUUUGCAUAUUCUGAUACUAAUUUUCCGACUCAUAAACCCAAUGUUUCUCACUCUUCCCUGCACUAUCCUCUCGCUCAAAACUCUCAAUUCAACCCGCUACAAUUCCAGGGAUGUUCAGGCUUCAAGAGCACUUCUGAAACUAAUGCCACAAGUAUUAAAAUCAAGGAGACAACCAAUAAUGCUAUCAGUAAUUUUAAGGAUUUUGAUCAGACCAAAAAGUCCAAGAAGAGGCCAUUAGAAAAUGAUAUCGAGCGCUCAAAACACAUGAAGAAACAAACCAUUCAAGUUCAGGAAGAAGGUGCCAAGCCCUUGACUGGAUCAAAGAAUUCAUGCAAGCAUAGGAUGUUAGAGCGAUUUUCUACUGGGGAGAAUGAGAAGGCAUUGAGAAUUGGAGGCCAAAUGAACUGUUUUCAGCCUUCAAGAACAGGACCUGUCAAGCUCAGUGCAGGAGCAAAACAUAUACUGAAACCAAGGCAGAGUGCAUAUCAUGACCAUUCCAGGCCCACCCAUUGUACCAUUCCUUUUGUAGUGGAGGCGGGCCCCAGGCGAGACCUGGAAACUCAGAACAAAACUGCAAAGAUUUACAGGCUUUAGAGAAAGAAAGCAGGCUUUAGAGAGAAAGAGCUUGGAUUGAGGCAAAUAAGGUUGUAUAUUUCAGGAUCUACAUUAAAAGUUUUCUUUGUUCAUGAACUGUAGUGAGGUAGUAAAAUACUAUUUAUUCAGAACAUCUAUCUUUUGUAUGUGUUUUAUUUGGCAGUACUUGAAAAUAGUGAAUGCAUAUCCUAGUAAUUUAGGGAUUGCAAAUUCU